AUGGCCUCGGCGGGGACCCCGGCGCAGCGGCGCCCCGGGGCGGAGCGGCCGGCGGCGGGGGGCCGGGCGGAGGCGCCGCGGUGCCGCAGUCUGCCCGCGCUCGGCUCCCCCCUGGCGGCCGGGGGGGGCGGCGGCGGCGGCCCGGGCCCCGCGGCGGGACCGGCUCCCGAGGCCGAGCGGGGCGGGGGCGCCGCCGCCGUGGCCGGGGUUGCCCAGCCGCUCGGCGCCGGCAGCGGGAGCUUCCCCCGAGGGACAGAGCUUGGCCAGCCGGCGGCGCCCGGCCGAGGGGUGUCCCCGGCCCCCCGGCUGCUGCUGCUGCCGCCGCCACCGGCGUUGCUGCUGGCGGGCCCCCCGGGCAGAGAGUGCCUGCGGGCAGUGCUGGCGGACUCGCGCUUCUUCCUGGUGUGCAUGUGCUUCCUGACCUUCAUCCAGUCCCUCAUGGUCUCCGGCUACCUGAGCAGCGUCAUCACCACCAUCGAGCGGAGAUACAGCCUCAAGAGCUCGGAGUCGGGGCUGCUGGUCAGCUGCUUCGACAUCGGGAGCCUGGUGGUGGUGGUCUUCAUCAGCUACUUCGGGGGGCGCGGGCGGAGGCCGCUCUGGCUGGCUGUAGGGGGGCUUUUCAUCGCCCUGGGGGCUUCGCUUUUCUCCUUACCUCACUUCAUCUCUCCGCCGUACCAGAUUCAGGAACUGAACUCCUCCGUCACUAACGAGGGCUUGUGCGUGGCUGGCAAUGUCACCGCCAAAGAGCAGUGGGACUCGCCAGCCUGUUUCAAGGACUCUGGCGGAAAUGACCAUUCUCUCUAUGUAGCUUUAUUCAUUUGUGCCCAAAUCCUCAUUGGCAUGGGCUCGACACCCAUCUAUACCUUGGGACCAACCUACUUAGAUGACAAUGUCAAGAAAGAAAACGCCUCGCUUUACCUAGCCAUCAUGUAUGUAAUGGGAGCACUCGGACCUGCAGCUGGAUACUUGCUAGGAGGACUUCUUAUUGGCUUCUAUGUUGAUCCUAGGACAACUGUUUAUAUUGAUCAGAGUGAUCCCCGAUUCAUUGGAAACUGGUGGAGUGGAUUUCUCCUUUGUGCCAUUGCAAUGCUCCUUGUCAUAUUUCCCAUGUUUACCUUUCCGAAAAAGCUCCCUCCUCGACAUAAAAAAAAGAAAAAGAAAAAGAAAAUUAAUUCUGAUGAUGUUUCAAGUGAUGAUGAUGUGAUGAAAGAGAAGACAAAUAGCAAAAUACAAGCAGACAGUGCAGUUCCUGCCUCUAUGGGAUUUGGAAAGAAUGUUAAAGAGCUUCCAAGAGCAGCUGUCAGGAUCUUAAGCAACAUGACAUUCCUUUUUGUGAGUUUGUCAUACACAGCUGAGAGUGCCAUUGUCACAGCUUUUAUUACCUUCAUUCCCAAGUUCAUCGAGUCACAGUUUGGCAUCCCAGCUUCCAAUGCCAGCAUCUACACUGGUGUGAUUAUUGUCCCAAGUGCUGGUGUUGGUAUUGUCCUAGGUGGCUACAUUAUAAAAAAGCUUAAACUUGGUGCAAGAGAGUCUGCAAAGUUGGCUAUGAUCUGCAGUGGUGUAUCUCUGCUGUGCUUUUCGACGCUCUUCAUUGUUGGAUGUGAAAGCAUUAAUUUAGGGGGAAUAAAUAUACCUUACACAACGGGUCCCACUCUUGCCAUGGCCCACAGGAAUCUGACUGGAAGCUGUAAUGUUAACUGCGGAUGUAAGAUUCAUGAGUACGAGCCUGUCUGUGGAUCAGAUGGAAUAACAUAUUUUAAUCCUUGCCUAGCUGGCUGCAUCAGUGGUGGAAACCACAGCACAGGGGUAAGAAAUUACACAGAAUGUGCCUGUGUCCAGAGUCGCCAGGUGAUCACUCCACCAACAGUGGGGCAGCGCAGUCAGCUCCGGCUAGUGAUUGUCAAAACCUACCUGAAUGAGAAUGGCUACGCUGUUUCUGGGAAAUGUGAUCGAACCUGCAACACACUUAUCCCGUUCCUGAUAUUUCUCUUCAUUGUUACCCUCAUAACAGCAUGUGCCCAGCCAUCAGCAAUUAUAGUGACACUCAGGUCUGUGGAAGAUGGGGAGCGGCCCUUUGCACUAGGAAUGCAGUUUGUUUUAUUACGAACUCUUGCUUACAUUCCCACUCCGAUUUAUUUUGGGGCUGUUAUUGACACCACAUGCAUGCUUUGGCAACAGGAUUGCGGCGUACAAGGAUCUUGCUGGGAAUACGAUGUCACCUCCUUUCGUUUUGUCUACUUUGGGUUGGCAGCUGCUCUCAAGUUCGUGGGAUUCCUUUUUAUUUUCCUGGCCUGGUAUUCCAUUAAGUGCAAAGAAGAACAACAGCAGAGACAGAGAUGGAGGGCUUCACUGGUGAACACUGUGAGUGAGAUGGUUGGACAAGCUGGACCCCAACAAAACUAUGCACGGACUAGAUCCUGCCCUACCUUCAGUUCCCGAGGAGACACCAAUGUGGCACAAGGAAUGAACUGCUUAGAACAGACAUACCCUGACCCUUUUUCAGAAGCAAUAAAUUCCUCAAAUGAAAAUGUGUUGGAAGAAGUCACUGCUGAGAUAUAGACCCCUGGCUUGGUAAUGUAAUAUUUAAUUUUGUUGGUUGACUUAAUUACGGCGCCUUGUAAAACACCUGUGCCUUCUAUUUUUAAUCUAAAUGUAACAUGAUAAAACCAACAAAGCUUGAUGCAAACAACCAUAAUAUGUUCCUGAGGGCUGGAUACCUCAAACCAACCCAAGUUCUUAUUCCUCCCCUCCCAACAAUGGAGUUUUAAAAAUGGUGUUUGUAAUUAUUUCAGAUGUGUCCAUUAGAUGUCCGUGCUCUGAUCUAAUAUCACUGUAAAGAUGAGGUGUUAUGAACAGCAGAAGUCAGUGGAAGACUGACAAAAACUCAUAUUGUUGAUGUCUAGACUCACAAGAAUGCUUAAAUGUAUUGUCAACUUCAUAUCUGCAAAUUGUAUUUUUAAGAGAGUAGUUACUGUGAGUUCUGCUAUGAAGCACAACUGAACUUAUUUAAACUAUGCAACUUAUUUGGAUAAUUGUAUGUGCAGCAAAAUAAGUUUAAAGUUUGCUUUUAAAGACAUUACUGCAACUGAAUUUGAAAGGGGCUAUUUUCAGACAUAAUCAUUAAAUUAAAAAAUAACAUAAGGUUUAAAGUACUGUUAAUAACAUGUCAAGCCAUACAAGAGUUAUGCAUCAGGUAACAUUGCAAAUGUUGAGUUGUAACAUCUUUAUCCUGUCAAAAUGAGCAUUAAUUUUCAUUUGAUGGGAUGUAGUCAUUGUUCACAAAGUACACAGGCUAGGAAACUGUAAUGCUUGAAAUAAAAAACUUCGGUAUUGAUUUUUAGUAACAUUAAGAUGUAGGAAUCAUACACACACACCAGAGCGGAUACGUGCAUGUUUCUUUAAUGUUAUUUGAGUGGCCAUUAGUAGCACCAAAUCCAUACUUUCCUGAAGAAAAAACCAGCCAGUUAUAGCUUGAUAGGAAGAGUUUGGCUGUCCUUCAGAAUUUUGUGUAUAAUUCAACUUCAGUGGAAAAGUCCCGAGGGGUGCUAAUGGCCUUGUCUCAUGUCUGGGUGGCAGACUGGGACCUGAUGGAUCCCUUGCAGCCAGCGGUGGGGCACAGUUCAGGCUGGUGCUGUUUGCACCUGCUGCAGGAGUGAGUAAAGAAACCCUGCAAGAGGGCUGAGAGCAGCCUGCCCGUCAUGGUGCUGGGUACAAGGCUCUCCCCCCUCUCCUGGCACUGCUGGGGCACUCUGACAUCCAGGACAGCUGGGGAGGGGGUUCCAGCUCAGACCCUCUCGUUUGUGCCACACUUCUGCCUCUGCAGCUGCCCAGUGCUGGGCAGGCUGGUGGCACAGGUCUGGAGGUUCUGGUUUUGUGGUUUGUCCCACAUGUGGCUGCCUUUCGUUUUCUCAACUUCGUUGAAAGCUUCUGUGAAGGGAAAGGAUGAGUUUAUCUCUCCUUUGGCCUUCCAGGAGAAGAACUAGAAGAAUAGAAAUUAUCAGCAAGUGUGGACUCACAACAUGUGCUGUGGCCUUUGCCUAUUUCAAAUUACUGUAGUGUUUUUUCUCCCUGAGAGGCGCUGAGACUUUCUAAUCAGAUGUGCUUGGCAUUUCAUUUCUUGUUCUGAAGGCUUUGUAGUGCCAUGCUUAUGAUGUACUAGUGCUGUCUCAAAGGGCAGAGAAUGAUUUCAGGUGGACACUAGGAAGUCAAAGCUGUAUUGUACCCUGUAGGGGAAGUCUUAGAAGUGUAGGAAUUUAAAAGCAGUCUUUACAGAUGACUCCGUGAUAGGUUUGGAUUUUGCCAUGUAGAGAGCUUGUGUGAAAAUAAAUAGAGCAGAACUUCUACAUGUUUUUGAACAGAGUUAUUCCUGAUUUUUCAAUUUAUAAUAUGUAAAUUGAUCAAACGUUAUAUGGAACCAAGUCCUUGAAAUUAAAGGCAGUACUCUCCUUGGCAUCCACUGAGUUGUCCUGGGAAGAGUAGAUUUCCCUCUCCACCUUUGCUGACUGCCUUUUGUCAUCUCUUGAUUCUUCUUGAGCAGCACAUGGGAUUACCCACAGGGCUGCUUGCCCUGCUUGAAAUGGUGGCUGCUUAUUUCAGAAUAUCUUAGUCCAUUUUUGUAGUUUGUAACAAUUCUCACUCUUUCUGUGUGCAAACUCAGAUUUUUCUACCCUGAACUACAACAUAGAGGAAUACUGUUUUGAUAAUUUCCUACUAUUCUGUCCAUAUGAACAGGUUUUUGGGGUAAAGACUGAGAAUGUUUUUGUCUCUUAUGCAGCCACCAGGUACGUGUCCUCAGUCAGCACAUGCCACCUGAGAUGCUGACUUCUACACUUCCUAUCCUGAGAAAUAAAUUUCCUUGGCUCAAAGGUGUUGGGUAUAAAUUUUUUUUUUUUUUUUGCUAUAGGAGAUCAGAAUAGAUGAUAUAAAUGUUUUCUUUUGCUCCAGUCUCAAAAGCUUGUUGCACCAGGAAUUUCCUGCCAUGACAAAACUUGAGGCAGAGUAGUAGGACAAAGUGUAAUUGCAGCCCAUCACCCAUCCAUUUUAAUCACUUCCCCAUUUUAAUGAUCAUGGGUGAGGUGAAGUGUGACAAUCUUUUCAAAUACCUCAGAAACAGAGCACUUAGGAAAUUGUAAAAAACUAGAGAUGAAUCAUCUAUUCUGAUCUUUUCUAUUUCAUGCCUUGUGUGUGCUUCUGUUCCAUGCAAAUAACAAGAGAGAGCAGAUUAGGAUUGUCAGGAUCUAAUGGCACUGAUGCCAAAGACUGAAAGAAGUGACACAUCUGCAGCUGCUGCUGCUUCUGAGCUUAUUUCAAGGGAAUUCAGAGCUUGUUGGGAUGGAGACCACUGAUUUUUUUUGGAAAUCCUGACCUUUCAACUUCUAAAAAGAUUCAUAUUUUGAAAUGUCAGAGAAACUGGAAUGUAGAAGGAAAGAUGUUAACUGAGAAGUCUUUCAAUAGCUUUUAAAUUUUUCUUUGAAAAUUAUAUGUAAAACAAAAUUCUUUGCUUUUCAAACAAAUUUGUUACUAUUUUUGGAUAUAGAUAAUUUUGACAAUUCGAGUAAAUUAGUAAAUUUUUACAAAAUCACUUAAUUAAAUCAUCAUCCUCUGAAAGAAAGAAAACCCAAACUGUGACCAGUUUUUGUUUCGUCCUUGGAGGAGGGGGUUUUUUGUGAGUAAGCUGUAACUGUCUAAACUAGACCAAUAAAUGCACGUAGGGGAAACACAUUAACUUCCUAGAGAAGUCAAUUCCAACAUUGUAAUUGACUGAAAUAUGGACUGAGACCUGCUGAACAAACACUAUUUUCUGAGGUUGUCGUUGCUGAAGGAAGCAGAACUGCCAGAGAAAUUGAGUGCCUCCCUAGCAGUAGUCAUGAUUGACAUGUGGUGCUAAACCGACUUCACAGUAACUAAAAAAGAACUUUGCCUAUCAUACAGUGAAGGGGCCCAUGCUGUCUUCCUACUGUGAAAUCCUCUCACCAUAGAAUAUAAAAUUCCAUUAAUUUCUGCCACCUUCCCUCUCUACCCCAAAAUACGUAAGGUUUGGUAGCAGCGAGUACAAGAAAAGAUAAAGCAGGUGUCCUGCUCACCCAUAGGCUGCUGUUGGUAGCAAACCCAAGUCACCUAUCUGCACUUAACCAGCCAGUGGUAAUAUGGAGCAACAAUUAACUACAAGUCUACAAAGUGCCAUCAUGCCCUCACAGGGACAGACUAAUUCCCUCUUACACCACUUAUUCCUGAUUUAGAGUGAGGAACAGGAGAGAAGUAGCCCAAAUAUAUGGACUUUACUGAACAGGUAAUUGUCCCUGCAUAGCCUCCCAUUCAUCCUUGUUUCCUCAGAAAGGAGAAAACUUCAGAAUGGUAAAAGUGUAGACAUGGCCUUGGGUGCUCACGAGUGCAGCACCCUCCGGAGAUGGUUCACAGAUCUUUGUGGGUCUGGAAUAAUCUGGAGAGUGGGACUCUCUGUUUCUAGUUUUAGGCAAAAGCCCUGUGGUUUUGGUUCCCCUUCUUCUCCAUGAGCAUACUGGAUAUAAUAGAGUAUGAUUUGGAACUGGUGACAUUUUAUAUCCUUUCAGUAUAGUGUGAGCAGCUGCAGGAAACAUUGAAUAUUAUGAUGCAAUUUAUAUUUAUUUGGAAACUUUCAGUUCUUUGGCCAGCCUGUGUAUCUUUAAAAGUUUCUCAGAACUUGCUGUUAUGCAAAGUAGGGGCACAGAUCUCCUACUAGGUAUUAGAAAUGUAAGUUUGAAAGGCCCUAAACUAGUUAAAAACACUUGAGUGUAGUCUUUUAAAAAAUACGUUUGUUUGGUUUCCUUUAAUAUAGCUUAUUAAUUUGUAGUAUUAACCAUUAAUUCAUUACGGCUCUGAUCCAGCAGAACACUUUCAUGUGUAUGUAAAUUCAUAUAUUUAAGUAAUGCACUUAAAAAUGAGGCAUGUAUGUAAGUAUUGGGACUGAAUUCCAUCUGCGUUAAAAAAGGAAUUCCUUUACCCAAAGAGUAAUUUCCAUGAUUAGCUUUUCCCCCAUGGAUUUAGUGAUAAUUGUAACCAGAACAGCACAAAGAGUAGCACUUGAGUACUUUCCUGUGGCAUUCACGUGUGGCUACUUAUAUAUCUGGCAAUGGAGGAAAGUUUUCAUUCUCAAAUAGAUUUCAAGGUAAAAAUAUUUUGUGGGCAUGCUCCAAGUUCUAGUUCUUCCAGCCAUUCACUUAUUUUAUGAAUAUCUGGCUGAAAACCUGUGUGUUACAUGGGGAGAUAGAUUAAAUAAGGGCAUCUUUCUAACCUUAGAGCCAAUGAAAUUUCUUAAGUGAUGCUGUAAGUUUGAAUUGUGCCCUUUCACAGAAUUUGGACCUCGUGGUUGAGGUGGUAGAUUUUCAAUAUCCCGCACAAGUUGAGCAGAGCACUGCCUGCUCAGUGUAACUCCUAAGAGCAUGUCUGGGAGAGGGGUCAGCACCUUCUGUACUGUUCUUUUGGGGUUUUGCCCCAAAAGGCCUCAUUAAUUGCUGCCUUACUACACUUCCUCUGUGUGUAAUACCACAGCUCUUCAUGGCAUUCUAUUGACAUAAAACUGAAGAUUAAAAUAAAUAGAUCCAAAGUGUCUUACUGCUAUUUUGGAGUCAGAUUCUCAGCCUCAUCAGUCCAGUGUUGAGGCUGAAAAACUGGGCCAUACCUUGAGUUGGAAUUUACCAAGUUGGAGCUUUAGCAAGUGCUUGUUUAGCUUUUAUACUCUAUUCACUGGUUACUACUACUGUUUUCAGAGAUCAAAUACAAAAAACUUCCUAUACAAAUUUAUGUGUCUUUUAUAAUGGAAUAGGAGAUGUCAUGCUGCAUUGCUUCAGUAUCUGGGUUCUCCCACCUGAAUCCAUCCAGCUGUGGUUGCUUUCCAAAGGUUUAAAAUACCUGGUACCAGAGAUUUACUUGGACUCCAAUCUGAAUCACCGUUGCUUUGGACAGAGUGUUUGCCCCUUGUAGAUUAAACCUGUAUCAACACAUUUCAGGUUCUUCACAUAUUGGACUUGAUUUUAUGGACACUUUUAUGACUUUAAAGUGCAUAGAAGAUGGGCAGUCAACAUUAUGGUGGUAGACUUAUUCUUUGGUAGAGAAUUAGGGCUUUGUAUUUUUCUUUUACCAUCUUGUUUUACAAAUAACAAUUCAAAAAGGUUACAUGUAAACAUUGUCACAGAGUUACCCAUAUCCUGUAGCUAUAUCCAUUGCACUGAACUACAGGUAGUGCCUGUGGAUUUUAGCAGUUGCCCCUCCAGUCCUUAAGAGAAGCUUUUUUUUCCCAAUUAUUACAGCCUUUUAAACACAGAAGUAGCUCUGCAAUUUCAAAGUAGCUCCAAAGUUUUCUUGACUUCAAGUGUUACAAAAUAGAUGCUUCUUUAUCCAGGUUCCAUUCUACUGUUCUAAUGAUUGCAUUACCCAUUGUGUGUACUAUAUUUUCUUAGUUUUUCAGUCUCAAACCAGUUGUCACAAUGUUAUUCUGUAAAAAUGUUUUGUUCAUUAUAUAGAAUAGGUGAAAAGCUGUGGAAUUCACGAAGGGCUACCAAAAGCAUCCAAAACAUUGUUCACCUUUAGAAGGGUAAGACAGCUUGAUAGUCUUUGGACAAAUGACUAAACAACACUGUGGUGCUAAUAGGUACUGAAGUAUUUUAUGAUGUAUUCACUAUGACUUAAAUGACAUUUUCAAGGCAUGUCAGUGAUGCAACUGCAUGUGUUUUUGGUCUUAAAGUCUGGAACUGUUCCAGCAAAGACAGUGUUUUAAUUCCUGGUGGGCCAAUUCCUACCUAGCUUUUCUGUUAGAGAGUAAUUUCAGGAGGCAGUGUAGGAUUUGGCCCAGCACUAAUAGCUAAGGUAAAAGCUAUACAGGCCACAGAAAUCUCACAUAGAAUGUAUUCAUCCUGCUGUAGCAUAUUACUUUAUUUAGUUGCUUUGCUUAAGCAAAGGCUAAAUAUAAAUUCUAUAGAGGAGGAAAGAAAGAAACACUGGGCUAAAUUCUGGCACUCCUUAACCAAGCAAUGUUAAUAGACAUUUGAAUUAAAAUGAGGAUUCAGAUCUGAAAUAUGAAUGUUCUUUCAUGGAAUACCAGAAAGGAGGAGUAGAGUAAGAAAAAAUUCUAUCUCUAGCAAUGGGAAAAGGCCAAAUCUGGUUGACUUUGAGGUGAGCUACGAUUUAAAACAGAGGGGUUUUGGCUUAAAAUCUUGAACACAAAAUUUUUCCCUCCCAUUUUGAAUUCUGAACAGCAAUUAUUUUGUGUUAUUGUGCCUGGACUAUUCAUGCAGAACAGGUAUCUGUAUCCUAAAUAGCACUAAGAGCCCUAAUAGCACUAAUUACACUUGUGGCUGACAGGCCAGAAAUUUUACCUCUGUAACAAACUCUGUAAUUGAAAUUGUGGAGGGAAGUGUCAAAAUAAAACAAACAAACAAGAAGUACAAAAUGAUCCAGAGCUGAGUUUCAAUAAAAAAAAGAAGAAAAUAAUUUUGUGUCAGUGAGAUCCAUGGUUAAGUGAAGGCUUUCCUCAAAAGAAGACCUGUUCUUUCCCCCGGUUGAGCUUGUGGGAGUUUUGCCCUUGGCUGCAGUGCAUACCUCUACCAAAUGACUUACGCAGAACAGCAACAGUCUGGGUAGUAUCUUAAGAGCAUGGAGUGGGCACACUGCCUGUAACUGGUUAGUUUUUAAAAAACUCAUUAUUAAGCAAAUGUGUAGAGUAUUAAGGAAAUUUGUAAAGUAUGUCUGAAUGUAUGAGUGUGUGGGUGCUGUGCUGUGGUAAAAAGAGAAUAAUUGGUUUAUGCUGGGUUUUUUUGCAUACUUUAAGCUUCUGUAUGGUUUGGGUUUUUUUGUUUGUGUUUUUUUUUUUUAAUAUUUAUUUCUCAGCAGAGCUUAGAAUAAUUUUGAAACUGUAUAACCCAUGACUUAACGAAAUCUACUGUCAGCAUCUGUUGUAAACAUGUGUUUACAAAAUGAACUCUUGAAUACUUGAUACUUGGAAAUAAAAAAUAGCAUAUCA